AUGCGCGCCGUGAAAAAGGGCAUCGUGCAGCGGCCAGACGGCCGCGAGUGGCACGCCGCCAUCCGGCGCACCUUUGUCCUCGCCAUCAGGCGUCGCAGGAGCGGGCAGCAUAAGAAGAGGCUGGUGCGCAAGAAGAAGCCUGCCAUCCGCGUCGAAGGUUUCGGAGCGAGUCCCUUCAGAUAUCGUUGUCUACAUUUUAUAUUUGACGACUGAUGACAACUUUGGAUCGCGAUGCCUUGUCCCAGCCAUCUGCAAGGGGUAUGUGUGUGAGCGCUCAAAGCCGACUGAUCAACACGCCCCGUGUCUGUGUGUGCAGAUGGAUCGCUGUCUCCAUUUUAUAUUUGUGGGCCUCUCCUACCCCAUUGACGCCGGCUGGUGUGCAUGGACCGCAUAACGACAUCCCGGCGGCCCCAAAGGUCAGUGAGUGAAGGAUAAAGGAAGAGGCUCAUGAACAUUCGCUGAUGUCUCUUCUCCGUCUGUUCCAUUCUCUGUCAGAGGAUGCGCGCCAAGCUGCCCGCCGAGUGGUACGCCAAGGCCGAGGAGGUCACCGACGUGCUGGACCACCACUGGCACACGCAAGACAUCCCCGUGUGUGACGAGGUCUGCGAGGAGUUGAUCCAGACCCGAAAGGCCGCUGUGGACAAGUGGCUGACUGAGCAGACCAACCAGAUGCCCGGUGUGUGUGGUGUGCGUGCAGACGGCAGGCGGCAGAGUUUCCAGUUCAGGUUCCGCCAGUUGGUCGACAUGGUGACAUCGCUGCCCUCCGGGGAGCUGCCGUCGCGCGACUACCGGCGCAUCCAGACCCAAUCAACAGACUCAUCAACAUGUAAGCAGCCCACCACGCGCCCGUAAGACACAUAUGCAGACGUGUGGGGUGACAAGGGGGCGUCACUGUCUGUCUGUCUGUCUGUGUGUGUGUGGGCAAAGUCAAGAGCGGCGGCAAUGUUGAGAAGAGGGAGAAGACCACGCUCAAGAACGUCAUCCAGGUCUGUCUGCAUCGCAUCCGUCAAUUAACACAACCAAAACACCCCCCACAUCAUACGUGUGUGAACUCCUCCCUCCGUGUCAUGUUAUGGGUGUGGCCCAUCCAUCCAUCCAUCCAUCAGAUUGCCGGCUUCGCCCUGCCGGACGAGACCGUCGCCCCGCCGCCUGCAGCCGCAGCCAAGAAGCGCCCAACUCGCCAUUCAGAACACCAUUCAGAAGCGGCAUCAGCAGCCUGUCCACCGACGGUGAGUGAGAACACGCAGGGUGCGGAGAGGGACGAACGAAGUGCAUUGGAUGGCGAGAAAUCGUCACUGCAAGCUGCAUGUGGAUGCCAUUCUUAUCGUUUCUUUGCAUGCGUUCCCAUGUGUCCUCUGGGCAGGCGAUGAUCGCCUAUAAGCGACGAAGCCACGCCGCAGAGGACCGGUUCCUCGUCACGAUACGCGACGGGAAGGAGCUACCCCUCGCGAGAAGGGCCCAGCCCGCGAGAAGGGCAAGCCAAGCCCCACCGAGCCCUCCUCUGCCGCACAGACUCCCCUCUUCCCCCGAGCGUUACGCCAGAAGCAGGUCAACGACCCAGACCUUGCCAUGCCUGCCGCCAUACGAUCGGUGGCCCCACACCUCCAGCAGCAGCAGCAGCCGGAGAAGGGCGCGCUGUCCAUCGCAGGAGCCCCAUCGACAUGCGUGGCGUGGCCCUCGUCGACGGGAGGAAGCUGCCCCUCGGGAGGGAGCUGGCGGAUGCGGCGAGGGUGCUGCAGGGAGCCGCCGACGAGGACGUGCUGGCGGGGGGAGGGGGGGUCGGGGUGCAGGCGGCAAGCUUCAAGGUCGAGCUGGCGGGGCAGUUCGACGCCGUCAUGCGGCGCGAGCUGGCCAAGCUCGGCCACAUGCGCCGCUGCCCCGCCCCCGCCGGCCGAUGA